AUGGCUUCAACUGCCCUUGAACUCCUGGGCAUGACCCUGGCUGUGCUGGGCUGGCUGGGCACCCUGGUGUCCUGUGCCCUGCCCCUGUGGAAGGUGACCGCCUUCAUCGGCAACAGCAUCGUGGUGGCCCAGGUGGUGUGGGAGGGGCUGUGGAUGUCCUGCGUGGUGCAGAGCACAGGCCAGAUGCAGUGCAAGGUGUACGACUCCCUUCUGGCACUGCCCCAGGACCUGCAGGCCGCCCGCGCCCUCUGCGUCGUCGCCCUCCUCUUGGCCCUGCUCGGGCUGCUGAUGGCCAUCACUGGGGCCCAGUGCACCACCUGCGUGGAGGACGAAGGUGCCAAGGCCCGCAUCAUGCUCACCGCGGGGGUCCUCCUCCUCCUCUCGGGGAUCCUGGUGCUCAUCCCCGUCUGCUGGACUGCGCACGCGAUCAUCCAGGACUUCUACAACCCUCUGGUGGCCGAGGCCCUCAAGCGGGAGCUGGGGGCCUCCCUCUACCUGGGCUGGGCCGCUGCUGCCCUGCUCAUGCUGGGGGGGGGCCUCCUCUGCUGCACAUGCCCUCCACCCCAGAUCGACCGGCCCCGAGGACCGAGGCUGGGUUACUCCAUCCCCUCCCGCUCAGGUGCAUCUGGGCUGGACAAGAGGGACUACGUAUGAGGUGGAAAGUGUCCCUGGAAGCCUGCGGCUCAGAGCCUUGACCUUGUGCAGGAUGCCCUGCUCUGACCCUUGCCCCCGACUGCUAACCCGUCCCCCAGGGCAAAACCCAUUUUCCAGACGCUCCAAUCGGGCCUGGCUAGACCUAGUAUCAGCUGCCCCAGCUGAGUCCAGAACCUCUUCAGUGGGGUCCCCAUGAGCCCUUCCCCUACCUCCACCCAGGCAGAGCCAGAGCUGAUGGGUGUGCUGGUCUGCCCCUGCCUCCCCCGGACAAAUUGCUUCCUUCUGUGGUCCACAACUUAGGCUGUCCGUCCUCUUCCUCUGGGGCCACCCCGGUCCCAGGAGCCUGGGGCUUCACCCAAA